GGAAAAUUCAAUUUUUUUUAUUCUCGUAAAUAAAUCAAAUAUAUAUUGCUUUACCUCUUCAUUUCUCUUUUUUGUCUUCCUCGCUUGCCCGUCGGUUUUAUUCAAUUUUUUUGGGGGUUUUGUUUCUGAGCUGAACAAUUUCUUUGAAGAUACGAAUCAUGGCUUAUGCAUCUCAUAUAAUCAAUCACUCGAAAAAGUUAAGAAAUGCUCCCAACUUGCUUCGGCAUGAGUAUGGUAGUUUGGUUCGUUGGUUUUCGAGCGAUACUCGUUUCUCUAUCAGUAAGAAGAAUGAUACUGGGAAGGUUCAUCAUCAUGGUUUUGCAGCUGCAGAAAAAGAAAGGUUUUCAAGCAAUGCUCCUAAUGGCACUGUAUUAUCAUUUGGUGCUUCUAGGGAAAAUGUUACGAUAAUGCAAGUUAGGAACCCAAUGGCUGGAUCACUACUCUUCAAGGAUUUUUCUUGUUCACAGAUUUUGUCAAGGAGAGGAUAUUCAUCUGAUUCAGGUCUUCCUCCACACCAAGAGAUUGGAAUGCCUUCUCUCUCACCCACAAUGACUGAGGGUAAUAUAGCAAGGUGGUUGAAGAAAGAGGGUGACAAAAUUUCACCUGGUGAAGUACUCUGCGAAGUUGAAACUGAUAAAGCAACUGUUGAGAUGGAAUGCAUGGAAGAAGGUUUUCUUGCAAAGAUAAUAAAGGGGGAUGGAUCAAAAGAAAUUAAAGUUGGCGAGGUAAUUGCUAUUACUGUUGAAGAUGAGGAAGACAUUCCCAAGCUUAAGGAUUACAGUCCUUCAGCAUCAGAUGGUGCUCCUGCAGCUAAAGGGCCCUCUACUUCUACCGAACCUCCCCCACCCAAAGAAGAGGCGGUUGAGGAAACAGUUAGUUCACCUGAACCAAAGACUUCCAAGCCCAGUGCAACUCCUUCUGAAGGACGCAUUUUUGCUAGUCCUCUUGCUAGAAAAUUGGCUGAAGAUCACAAUGUACCUCUCUCAAGCAUUAAAGGAACAGGUCCUGAUGGACACAUUGUAAAGGCUGAUAUUGAAGAUUACUUGGCAUCACGUGGGAAGGAGAGCAAAGUUUCAGCAACAGCACCUAGGGACAAGGACACAACACCUGCUGCAUUAGAUUACGUUGACAUUCCUCAUUCUCAAAUAAGAAAGGUCACAGCUUCACGCUUGUUGCUGUCAAAGCAAACAAUUCCCCAUUAUUAUUUAACAGUAGAUACAUGUGUUGACAAACUUAUGGAUUUGCGGAGCCAACUAAACUCAUUACAAGAGGCCUCAGGUGGGAAGCGGAUAUCUGUAAAUGAUCUUGUAAUCAAGGCUGCUGCUUUGGCUCUCAGAAAAGUUCCCCAAUGCAACAGUUCAUGGACUGAUAACUAUAUUCGCCAAUACAGUAAUGUGAAUAUUAAUGUAGCAGUACAGACAGAAAAUGGACUAUAUGUUCCAGUUGUUAGGGAUGCAGACAAGAAAGGUUUAUCUAAAAUUGCUGAGGAGGUCAAGCGUUUAGCCCAAAAAGCCAAAGAGAAUAGCUUGAAACCAGAAGAUUAUGAAGGUGGCACGUUUACUGUGACAAAUUUGGGAGGGCCUUUUGGCAUCAAGCAAUUCUGUGCCAUCGUCAAUCCACCUCAAUCAGGCAUUCUUGCGAUUGGCUCUGCUGAGAAGAGGGUUAUUCCUGGCUCGGGUGCUGAUGAAUUUAAAUUUGCUUCCUUCAUGUCAGUAACCCUAAGUUGUGAUCAUCGUGUCAUAGAUGGUGCAAUUGGUGCUGAAUGGCUAAAAGCAUUCAAGGGUUACAUUGAGAAUCCUGAAUCAAUGUUGCUGUAAAUCAAUCUGCAGCUGUUUCAGAAGUUGCCAUUAAGCUGCAUUUGUUUGUCUGUUUGUUUUUUGCCAUCAGUUAUUAGAUAGGAAACGAAGAUCAGGUAGAAUAAAAUGUUGGGUUAAAGGCAUUAAAAGCGAACUCACUCAAUUUUGCUUUUGCAGAGUUAAAUAAAACAAUCAUGCAAGGUUUAUACCUUUUUGUUUCUUUUGUUACUGAUCAUUCGACCAUGUAAUGGUGGUGAUGAUAAUAAUUCUUUGUUAAAAGCCUGAUUCACUGGAUGGUCGACCAGUGUAUAAUUGUAAUGCCAUGUUUUCCCCGUUGAUUGUAGAUUCAGAAAGCCUAUUUGAGCCCUCAAAUCACUUGGGGUUGGCUACUCUCCUUUUCAUUUUUGACUUGGAUUUUGAUGAUUAUUUGCAAUUAUAUUUGAUUCGAUUUUCUUAC